AACUGUCAUUUUGCUAUUGUCAAACAAUUAAAGACUUUUCUGCUGCAGUUAGUUUUCAUGCCCAAUAAUUUAUUUUGUAAUAUACUAACGAAAUAUAUUUAAAUAAAGUGAAAAAUUAGUUUGUGCAUGUAUGUGUUUCAAUUCGUUCAAUAUUACACUUCAUAAUAUUCUUAUCCACAAAUUGUAAUCGUGAAAUGUGUGAUGUCGGCAAUAGUCUGCUCUCUAAUUAACAAAUUUAAUUAAGCGAUAAUUAAACUAUCGGUGUGAGGCGCUGUUAAAGCAGAAUCACAGUGCUACAAGAAACUGAAGCUGUAGUUGCGUUAACGUAUCAAAAGUAAAAAAACAAAAAUUGAUUUCAACGCGCAGAAAAUGAUGGACGAGCAGUUAAUUGAUGAAGUCGCACAGCACGGAGUUAUUUUCAAUCGCCAAAAGUACUACCUCAAUGGUAGUAAUGGUCCUGGUAGUGGAGGGGGAAAGUAUGAAACUAAAGAUGAAGCUUGGCAAACGAUUGCAAUUAAAUUACGUACAGAUGUUGAAACUUGUAAGAAACGUUGGAAGUACUUACGGGAACGAUACGUUUCGCAACGCAAGCAAGGCGAUCCGCCGGUGUAUGAGCAUCUCUCGCGUCCCUACCUCGAAAAGAUGAAAUUUCUCGACCAGCACAUACAGCCACGCAAGUCAUACCGAAAUGUGCCCAAUUUUCUUACAUCCCCACACUCGGUGAACAGUUCCAAUUACAGUGAGUUCAAUAUGGAUUCGAAGUCAAAUGGCUCUAUAAAGAAUAUAGGUCAUUUUGGCAACUCUCAACAUCAUUACCACCAACCAGAUCAUCAGCACCCUAUGAAUGCAUUGAGUUCCAGCGCAGCGGCCACUUCGGCAACAGAAUCCGGAAACGGCCAGGUGAAAAUAGAAGCCGAUCAAAUGUUUCGCGAUUUUGCUGCUGCAGUAGCCUCACAACAACUCCAACAAAUAUCACAAACACAGCUGCAUCAUCAUCAAGCAGCUGCAGUAGCAGCCGCUAUAGCAGACUCUUCUCAAAACUAUAAUGAAAACUAUCGUGAUGGCAACAACAUAAGUGGGAAUAGUGUAACACAAAAUGGCAACAGUAGCGGUAUGGGUAUAUCGUCAUCCUCGUCUUCAAUGAAAUCACCAUUAUCUUCGCCAUUGGCUGGUGUGAAUGGCAAUCACAAUGGGACAAAUCACCACCACUCGACAAGUAGUGCGCAGCAGGCAAUCGCUUCAUCAUCCUCUAAUCAACUUACUACUCAUCCAUAUGGUGACUCCAAUGCGGAUGAACUGGAUUCUUCGACCGGCAGUAAUUAUCAUUCGAAAAAGCCACGUGUACAGCUGAAUUCCAAUGUUGGCAAUAUGUCGCAUAAUAACAAUCAUUCACAGCAUCAACAUUCCGGAUCCCAUAAUACCUCCAAUGCCACAAAUACACACUUUAUUGAUGAUACAGACGAUGAUUCCGAUGAUAAUAGUAAUGGCUUAUUGCAACCGCAAGCAAUACUCAAUGAUAAUCACAAUAAUCACUAUGAUAAUACGGCUUCUACUUCCUCCGCGGCGGCGGCAAUACAACGCAAUCCCAGUUCCUCCAACAGCGGUCAACAACAACAACAAGGCAUGUUUCCCGCAAAUGCCGACUUUCUAUUUCAGCUUUAUCAGCAAUUGCCUCACCAGCAACAACAAAAUAUAAAUACACCACAGCAGCAGCAGCAUUUCAACAAGUUUCAAGCACCACAGAAUCCCGCACCGUCGCGUUGUUCCGAGCACCUGUUGGGUGAAUUGGUAACAACAGAACUAUUAAAAAUGUCAAAAGAACGGCGCAAGCAUGUUCAAAAACGUAUUCUAGAAAUACUAUUUUUUGAUGAUUAAACGCAACAAUUUACGUACUACUAAACGCCAAGUGACAUGAAUAAAGUUGCUUCAUAGUAUCGCGGUAUAUUUUGCCAUCUCUCAACUGGACGCAGUGCAUAAAGUGUAUUCAUUCCACGUAACAGCUAGAUUUAAAGAUAUAAGAAUAAUUAUUUGAUUAUGAGUUCUCUAGAAUCUUAGUUUUAUGUGUGUAUGUAGAACCCACCUAAAUUAAAUUUAAAUCUUUUUUUAUCAUAGUAAACUUAGAUAUGUAUCCUAUCUUUUCUACUCUAGUCAGUCUGUAAAUCUUGCUUAAGAAUAUCUGUUAUACAGCUUCAAAGAAUUAUUAUACCGAUAAUACCAGUUUUUCGCAUAAAACUAGAAAUGUAUCCAUAUACCUAUAUGGUUUUUUUACUUGGCGACUUUAAUUGUAUGCUCGUAUUUUUGUAUAACUAAAAGUUAUGCCAACUUCUACGUAAAUAAGUGCACGCAGCAGAAUUGUGACCCAUUUACUACAAAAUAAGAUACAAAAUAUAAAAAUAUGUCUUAAAUCUAUCGAUAUUGACUAUAGGUAUUACGAAACAAUAAAGAAAACUAUAAUUUAA